UUGCUUCUCUUCUCUCUACUUGGGCGAGAGAGAGAGAGAGAGAGAGAGUUCAUGGCGACCUCGGAGAUAGUAGGGUUCAUCGGGCUUGAUGAGCUGAGCUUGGAGCUUGCUUCGUCGCUUAUCCGAUCAGGGUUUCGUGUUCAGGGCUUUGAGGAAAAGAAUGGCGGCUUUCUUGAUAAAUUCUUGCUUCUUGGUGGGGUUCGAUGUGAUAACUUGAUAGAUGUUGUCAAAGGUGCUACAACACUAUUUGUGGUCACUGAGUUUGGCGGGAAUUCUAAUUUACCCUUGGGGGAUAAUGGAUUGCAUAGUGAUGUCGUUGUUAUACUUCAGUCAACGUUAUCACCAAGUUAUAUUAAUAAGCUGCAGAAGAGUCUAACAGGUGAGUUUGAUGGAGCAGCUCUUGUUGGUGCACAUAUAUUCAAGGGGGUUUCUGGUUCUUUCAAUGGAAAAAUUAUUGUUGUAGCAUUUGGAAACCACAGUGCUAUACAAAAGGCCCAACCUGUUCUUUCUGCUAUUAGUGCAAAACUUUAUGCUCUUGAAGGCGAAAUUGAUGGCGCAAGUAAAAUUAGAAUGGUAAAUGAACUUCUUGAGGGUAUUCAUCUUGUUGCAUCAGUGGAAGCAAUGUACCUUGGUGUUCGAGCUGGGAUUCAUCCAUCUAUUCUUUAUGACAUAAUCUCUAAUGCUGCCGGAAGUUCAUGGGUAUUUGCAAACAUGGUGCCAAAGCUAUUAGCUAAUGAUGAAAGCCUAGCAAAUUCUUUAGAUAGUUUGGUAAACAAUUUGGGGCCAGUAAUGGGUACUGCAAAACAACUUACCUUUCCGCUUCCACUUCUAUCCAUGGCAUAUCAACAACUGAUUCAUGGGACCUCACAUGCAUGUAAAGAUAAUCAUGUUGCUUCACCAAUCAAGGUUUGGAACAGCACUUUUGGAAUUAAUAUCACAGAAUCUGCUAAUGAGAAGUCCUAUAACCCUGGGGCCUUGGCGGACCAACUUUCAUCAUCAGCUAUAGCUGUAAAGAGAAUUGGUUUUAUUGGUCUUGGAGCAAUGGGCUUUGGCAUGGCAACCCACCUGCUGCGUUCGAAUUAUUGCGUUCGUGCUUAUGAUGUAUAUAAACCAACACUUUCCAGGUUUCAAGAUUUGGGUGGCUUAAUUGGGGCUAGUCCUGCUGAAGUUUGUAAAGAUGUAGAAGUUCUCAUAGUGAUGGUUGCAAAUGAAACUCAAGCUGAAAGUGUUCUUUUUGGAGAAGCUGGUUCUGUGGCUGCCCUUCCAGCUGGAGCAUCAGUUAUGCUUUCUUCCACAGUUUCCCCUGCAUAUGUAAAACAUCUUGAUCAGCGAUUGGAAGAUCAACAGAAGAGUUUGAAGUUGGUGGAUGCACCUGUAUCUGGUGGGGUCAAAAGGGCUGCAGAUGGGACUCUCACGAUAAUGGCUUCUGGAGCUGAUGAAGCUCUUGCAUCUACUGUAUCUGUUCUCUCGGCUUUGAGUGAGAAGCUGUAUGUCAUCAAAGGUGGAUGUGGAGCUGCAAGUUCUGUUAAGAUGGUUAAUCAAUUGCUUGCUGGAGUGCAUAUAGCUGCAGCAGCUGAAGCAAUGGCAUUUGGGGCACGAUUAGGUUUAAAUACCAGAAUGCUUUUUGAAAUCAUCAAUCAUGAGAGAGGUUUUUCAUGGAUGUUUGAAAAUCGUGUGCCCCACAUGUUGGACAAUGAUUACACACCAUACUCUGCAAUUGAUAUCUUUGUCAAAGACCUGGGUAUAGUUUCUGCUGAAAGCUCUCUUCUUAAGUUACCACUUCCUAUUGCUAGUGCUGCCCACCAAUUAUUUGUAUCAGGAUCUGCUUCUGGUUGGGGUCGGUACGAUGAUGCUGCAGUAGUCAAGGUCUAUGAGACACUUACUGGUGUUAAAGUUGAGGGGAAGCUUUCAGUCCGCAAUAAAGAAAAUGUUUUGAAAUCUCUCCCUCCUGAAUGGCCAGAGAAUCCGAUUGAUGAUCUUCACGCAAAAGAACAUCAGAAUAGCUCCAAAGUGCUAGUAGUUUUGGAUGAUGAUCCCACUGGAACUCAGACAGUUCAUGACAUAGAAGUUUUAACACAAUGGAAUGUCGAGGCUCUUAUUGAACAAUUUUGCAAAAAUCCUGUUUGCUUCUUUAUCUUGACGAAUUCUCGAUCACUCAGCUCUGAGAAGGCUGCUCUUUUGACCAAGGAUAUCUGCCAAAACUUAGACAUUGCAGCUCAAAGAGUUAAAGGCAUAAAGUACACAGUGGUUCUAAGAGGUGAUUCAACCCUUCGUGGUCACUUUCCAGAGGAAGCAGAUGCGGUUGUCUCAAUUUUAGGUGAGAUGGAUGCAUGGAUUAUUUGUCCUUUCUUUCUUCAAGGUGGACGAUACACAAUUGAUGAUAUCCAUUAUGUUGCUGAUUCGGAUAGUCUUGUUCCUGCUGGGGAGACUGAGUUUUCUAAGGAUGCCUCCUUUGGUUAUAAAUCUUCUAACCUUCGUGAGUGGGUUGAAGAAAAAACAAAAGGAAGGAUUGCUGCAAGUAGUGUUGUAUCCAUUUCUAUUCCUCUCCUGCGUACCGGUGGCCCUACUGCCGUUUGUGAUCUUCUUUGCAGCCUGCAGAAAGGCUCAACCUGUAUUGUCAAUGCUGCCAGUGAAAGAGAUAUGGUUGUAUUUGCAGCUGGAAUGAUCCAGGCAGAGAGAAAAGGUAAGCGUUUUCUAUGCCGAACAGCUGCUAGCUUUGUGUCUGCACGAAUUGGAAUAAAGCCAAAGCCACCCAUGCGACCAAGUGAUCUUGGUUUAAACAGAAAUGUUACUGGAGGUCUUAUUGUUGUGGGCUCCUAUGUUCCCACAACCACAAAGCAGGUUGAAGAACUCAAAUCACAGCUUGGUCAUAUUCUGAAAUGCGUAGAGAUAUCUGUUGAGAAAGUUGCCAUGAAAUCAGAGGAGGAUAGAGAGGAAGAAAUCAGUCAAGCAGCUGAAAUGGCAAAUACAUUGCUAAGCCUACAUAGAGAUACACUUCUAAUGACCAGUCGGAAGCUUAUCACAGGAAAAACUCCUUCAGAAAGUUUAGAAAUUAAUUAUAAAGUGAGCUCUGCUCUGGUGGACAUUGUCAGACGAAUAAAUGUGCGCCCUCAUUAUAUCCUUGCCAAGGGUGGAAUUACGUCAUCAGAUAUUGCAACAAAAGCUUUAGAAGCCAAGUGUGCCAAGGUUAUCGGACAGGCAUUGGCUGGAGUUCCACUUUGGCAGUUAGGCCCAGAUAGUAGACACCCUGGGGUUCCAUACAUUGUUUUUCCAGGCAAUGUUGGUGAUAACAAUGCCCUAGCUGACGUUGUAAAAACAUGGGCACGCCCCUCUAGGCUUUCAACAAAAGAUCUUCUUCUAAAUGCUGAAAAAGGUGGCUAUGCUGUUGGCGCAUUUAACGUUUAUAAUCUUGAGGGGAUUGAAGCAGUUGUGGCCGCUGCAGAGGCUGAAAAUAGUCCUGCUAUUUUGCAGGUUCAUCCAGGCGCUAUGAAGUAUGGUGGACUCCCUUUGGUUGCAUGUUGCAUCUCUGCUGCUGAGCAGGCCACAGUGCCUAUUACUGUUCACUUUGAUCACGGAAGCUCUAAAUCUGAGCUUGUUGAAGCACUUGAGUUGGGCUUUGAUUCUGUCAUGGUUGAUAGUUCACACCUUCCGCUGAUGGAAAACAUCUCUUACACAAAGUACAUAUCAGUUUUAGCACAUUCAAAAGGAAUGCUAGUUGAAGCUGAACUUGGACGGCUCUCAGGCACUGAAGACGAUUUGACUGUUGAGGAUUAUGAAGCCAAACUAACUGAUGCAAGUCAGGCUCAAGAAUUCAUAGACAAGACCGGAAUUGAUGCUUUAGCCGUGUGCAUUGGAAAUGUCCAUGGAACAUAUCCAGCUGGUGGGCCCAAUCUCAGGCUCAACCUGCUAAAGGAUCUUCGCACGGUGACUCUGAACAGAGGAGUGAGUUUAGUCCUUCAUGGAGCUUCUGGUCUUUCUAAGGAACUUGUAAAGGAAUGCAUAGAGUUGGGUGUGAGAAAAUUCAAUGUGAACACUGAGGUGCGGAAUGCAUACCUGGAAGCUGUGCGGAAGCCCAACAAAGAUCUGGUUCAUGUUAUGACUGCCGCGAAGGAGGCCAUGAAAGCUGUGGUUGCUGAGAAAAUACAUUUAUUUGGUUCAGCCGGGAAAGCAUGACCGUGUUGAGGCAUCAACCAUCUCCAUUUUGUUAUAUGAUUAUUUUCCAUGAAUCCAUCUUGUUUGUUGUCUCUCUUUAUCCAAUUGAAACUAUUGUAUUUUUCUUCCCCUCUUUGAUGCUACAUUUGCCUCCUGAUGUGCCUGCCCAUUUGUGCCACUUGAGGAAAAUAGGCCCAAAUUCAGCAAGUUGGACAGAAGACUAUCUAUGUGAAGCCCAUUUACUUGUUUCUGUAGACUUUUAAUUUAAUUGUUUAAUUAGUCAAUGUAGCUAUGGCCUCCUUAAUGCUAGUGGGAAGUUAUUUUUCA